AUGGAUAAUUCGAAUGUUUUCGUGAGGAGAGACAAUCAAGUGAGUGAAGAGAAACUUGCACCGCCUCGAAUUUGCCCAAGGUGUGACUCAGAAAACAUCAAGUUCUGUUACUACAACAACUACAGCAUGUCUCAACCGCGCUAUUUCUGCAAGAGUUGUCGUAGAUAUUGGACUCAUGGUGGGUCGUUAAGGAACAUACCGAUUGGUGGAAGUUCCCGUAGAUCCAGGAGUCCAAAGAUGGAUCAACCUUCUGGUUCUGUUGAGGUCCAACAAGUUAAUCAUCACCAACCAUUUUUACAUGUUCAAGAAACCAACGAGUUUGUUGGAUCUUUUGAUGGUUCUUCUUCUGCUGUUGUUGGGAACCAUUUCGGUUUGCCUGAGAUUCAUGCUGAUAUGGUAACCAAUGUGCUUCCAAUCCGAAGUUUUCCACCAAUGGAAGCUUUAGAUUACUCUGAUCUAUCAUUCCGAAAAAAUUAUUAUGAUGUUGGAUCCAGUGAGUUGGUUGGUAAUCCUUUAAUGAACCAACCAAAUGGUAAAUCUGUUGUAUUGAGCUCUGGCCAUGACAAUUACCGCGUCAAUGAAGAAGAUCCAAUGAAGUGGAACGAGAGCUUCAACAACAGUACAAGCAUGAAUCAUAAUGUCAACACUUGUGGAAGCAGAUAA